GGGCUGAUGCGUGAAAUAGUGGUGCGAGUGAAGUUGUUACGGAGGGCUAGUCACGUUUUUUGUUGCGCUGCUGGAAGUGUGCUGUACUAUCGCCAUCAUGACCCAGGCAGAAUUUGAUAAAGCAGCUGAAGAAGUUAAGAAGCUGAAAUCCAAACCAGCAGAUCAAGAAAUGCUGGACCUCUACAGCCAUUUCAAGCAAGCUACUGUUGGAGAUAUAAAUACAGAGCGCCCUGGAAUGCUUGAUUUCAAAGGCAAAGCCAAGUGGGAUGCCUGGAAUGCGUUAAAAGGAACGUCCAAAGAAGAUGCCAUGAAAGCAUAUAUAGCAAAAGUAAAAGAACUGAAGGAGAAAUAUGGAAUGGAAUGAAACUCCUACCUGCAUGCCUUAAUGGAAACAUGCCUUACUAGUACUGUGAAUAACUACAUUGUGUGCUACACAGUACUGCAGUGCCAAGUAUUGAUGCCACUUCCGAAUGAAUAGCUGUGUAAAUCUACUUCUAAUGGUUUCUAGAAUAAAGCUAUGAAAUUCAUAAAAA